AUGAUUUUCAAUCAACUUCUCAUCUCUUCACUGCUGUUUGGAUUGGUCAUGGCAAAACGAUACGAGGAUAUGUCGGCGGAUGAGAAACAGAAUGCUGAAACUGUCUUGAUCGUGUGCAUUGUGGUUGGAGUGCUCAUAUGUAUCUCUGGAAGUGCUGCUGGUGGAUUCUUCUACAUGAUGAGAAAGAGAAAUAGCAACAAUAAUAAUCCAGGAGUGAUGGUCGUUCAUUGA